AUGAAAUACACCUCAUUCAACAUCUACCUCUCAGGAGUUUCUGUUCCCGUGCAUGUCACAGUAUUUAAUUCACUCCGAAGAGUUAACUAUAAGCCGGCGUGGCCUGAGAGAGACUUGACACUCGGAUAGAACAUGAUAAUGAAACAUCUAAGAACAGCUGUUUCUUUGCUCUUCUUUGCCCUCUCUGGGGUCCUGGGGAUACCAGAAAUCUCAUGCAAAAAUGGAAAAGGUCAACCUGUGGACUGGUUUACCUUUUAUAAGCUACCCAAAAGGUACGGCAAAGAAGACACAGAGACCGGGCUGGAGUACAUGUACCUGGACUCCACAAAGACAAUGUGGAGGAAGGGCUGGCACCUGAUAGACAGCAACAGGAGUGCCUUGGGAAUUACCUUAGAGCAGCUGUAUGAAGCGUAUACCUCCAAGAGCAAUGCCACAGCCUAUCUACUCUACAAUGAUGGUGCCCCUAAGUCUACGACUUACAGCAACAAGUAUGGACAUACCAAAGGUGUACUGGUAUGGAACAGACUGCAGGGGUUCUGGCUGAUCCAUUCUGUUCCUUGGUUUCCUCCAGUUCCAGAAGACGGCUAUAGUUAUCCAAGCUCAGGGAGACGAAACGCACAAAAUGGCAUCUGCAUCACUUUCAAAUACGGCCAAUUCGAAGAAAUAGAUUCUCAGCUCUUGGUCUCCCAACCGAACAUCUACAGUUGUUUCAUUCCCACCACCUUUCACUGGGAACUCAUCUACAUGCCCAAGCUGUGUGCCAAGUCCAGCUCCUCAUCGAUCCCUCGCCGGAGCCUCACCAUACUUCAGUCAGUGCACGGUCAUGAUUUCCUCCAUUUUGCAAAAUCUGGUUCUUAUACUGACGACAUCUUUACAGCCUGGAUGGCUCAACAACUGAAGACGAAUUUGCUAGUCCAAACCUGGCAGCGAAAGAGACAGGAGCUUCCUUCAAACUGUUCCCUCCCUUUCCAUGUCCACAAUGUCAAGAUCAUUCAGACAGCUUCCAAGUAUUACUUCAGUUCUCACCUUGACCACUCCAAAUGGUGUGUUUCUACAAAGGACUCCAAAAAUCACUGGACCUGUAUUGGAGACCUAAAUCGGAGCCCAUCCCAAGCCUCCAGAAGUGGAGGGUUCAUCUGUACCAGGAAUCCAUAUCUUUACCAAUCAUUUCACAAAUUAGUUUUUGGCUAUGAGUUCUGUAACUAA